CUAGCACAACCUCAAGAACAAUUGAUCAAUGACGAAGAGGACAAUAGUAUUAUUUUUGGAGAUUAUGGUACUUACUUUGCAGCUAAAUCAAGAGCGCAACAGGAAGAAGAUGAUCAAUAUCUAACAUGGGAUCAUCAAAGGCGUGUUGAACAAGGUUUAUCCCCAGAAUUGCCAAAACUCUUUGAAGGUUGCAUAAUUCACGUGAAUGGGCAUACUAGACCUGGUAUCCAAACUUUACAUAAAUUGAUUAUUCUAUACGGUGGUAAAUUUAUUCAUCAUUUGAGUUCGAAAGGUGCUGCUACUCAUGUUAUUGCUAGUCGAUUAACACCUAGAAAAGAGAUUGAAUUUCGAAAUUAUAAAGUGGUAAGACCUGAAUGGGUAACAGAGAGUAUCGAACAAGGCAAAAAGCUGAAAUGGAGUGAUUACUCUGUUAUCAAGGUUGAUUAUGGUCAAAAAAGAUUGCCAUUCGAAGAACAAGAAACAAAACCAAUCAAUGAUGUCAUGAUGGAUGAAGCUAUUGAUGCCAAACACCCUGAUUUCUUGAAAAUGUUCUUUACAAAGUCAAGACUUCAUCACUUGAGUACUUGGAAAUCAGAUCUUCGUGCUGAAUUCUUAGCUGUUGCUCUAAAUCAAGCAAAGGAGAAGAAGUUACAAAAAAGAGAAAAGCCAUCAAUAAAAGUCAUCAUGCACGUUGAUUUUGAUUGUUUCUUUGCAACAGCGUCGGCUUUGAAGCAUCCAGAGAUUGAUUUUAAAACCACACCAGUUUGUGUUUCACAUGGUGGAAAUAAAGGGAACUCCUCAGCUGAUAUUGCAAGUUGUAAUUAUGUGUGUCGUAAAUAUGGUGUUAAGAAUGGUAUGUGGGUUAGAUCAGCAAAAAAACUAUGUCCUGAACUGGUUUGUCUUGAUUAUGAUUUUCCAACAUAUGAUAAGAUUUCCAAACAGUUUUAUAAUAUUUUGGUUGACUUGAAACCUGAUUGUGUCUUUCCUGUGUCUAUUGAUGAAGCAUUAUUGGAUAUUUCUUCUCUAGUGGAUGAAUUUGAAUCUGUUGAAAGUGUUGAGAAAUUAUGUUCCGAACUUCGGUCAAAAGUUUUCGAUAUUACCAAAUGUUCUGUCAGUACUGGAUGUUCAAAUAACGUUCUGUUGGCUAAAUUAGCAUUGAGACAUGCCAAACCAGACGGUCAAUUCUAUUUACAUGAUGAUAUAACUGAUUUCUUGAGAGAUAUUAAUGUGAGAGACUUACCUGGCACUGGUUAUGCAAUUGAAAACAAACUAAUUCAAGAGGUCUACCCUCACUCCACUGAGACUAAUGAUAGGGUCACUGUUGAUGAUUUGUUGAAAAUAGACAAGAUGAGGUUGAUAAAGAUCUUUGGAAUGAAAACUGGUAGCAAACUGUUUGAUUAUGCUAGAGGAAAUGAUGACACUUCCAUUGAUAUUUCUGAAAAUCCUCAAGAAUUUAUGAGAAAAAGUGUUUCAAUUGAUGUCAACUGGGGUAUUAGAUUUGAUACUAUUGAACAGGUUGAUACGUUUUUGUUCAACCUAGGUAAGGAAAUGUCUGAGCGUUUAGCGAAAUUGAAUAUGUGCGCUCUUCAGAUGACAUUGAAAAUACUUAAAAGGGCUAAGGAUGCUCCAAUUGAACCACCAAAAUACUUGGGUUGUGGUAAAUGUGAUGCGCUGUCAAAAAGCUCGAAAUUUGGAGUUCCAACAGAUGAGUUUAGAUCGUUUGGUACAGAAGCAAGGUCGUUAUUCAGGCACAUUGGUUGUGAUCCAUUUGAGCUAAGAGGUGUUUCAUUAUCAGUUGCAAAACUAGUUUCAAAAGAUCAAGUAGGAAACCAAAAACGCCUACCAUUCAAAAAGGUUGAUUUUGAAACGUUUAAAAAGCAAAAAUUAGAAAACUCUUCACCAGAAAAAUCGUAUGAACCUGUACCUGAAAUCCCCAAAGAAGUUGACAUAGAAGUUUUCAAUGCUUUACCUAUUGAAAUCCAAAUGGAGCUGAAAGAAGAAUUAAGAAGAAGAAGAAUCCCACUCAAUCCACAAACUCCACAAAAAGAUAGA